AUGGCGCCCAAGCGAAAGAACAAUUGCGACGACCUCGCAGAUCCGGAGGACGACACGAUGGGAUCAUCGACUGAGUUUGCUAAGCCGGUUUACCUUGUGGCGGAGCACGAGGACAAGCAAUCGACCUACUCCGUUUUCAAGAUCAACGCCGCCGCCGACCGCAACGAGCCUCCGCACGCCCGCUUCAUCGUUGCUGGGCUGCCUGGCCCGGCGCAUGGCAUGUCCUUUGUAGCUGCGCAUUCGAAGCACGGCUCCUGGAUUGUCGGCGUUGGCGGCGGGCUCGAAGCAGGCACCAUCAUCCUCGACCCCAGCACACUGAAGACGUACAAGGGCCCGCGGUUCUUUCACCCCAAGCACUAUCCCAUCAUCAUCGCACACGACAGCGAGGUAUACGCCAGCUCACGCCAUCCCCAUGUGGUGCCCGACUUGGACUUUCAGCCAUGGUUCGAGUCCUUCAGCUUCAAGAGUGGUGUCCCCUCCUUCGAUACCGGCGGGGUCGGGGGCUCCUGGAAACACCUACGGUCGCCACCCUUCUUCCCUCUGUACCUCAACCCCUAUCAAUUUCGCAAUCCACCUAAAAUUUCAGUCACAUCCUAUGCUGUCGUGGACUCCUACAUCUUGAUGUCCCCGCAACGAAAGCUAAAGGUGGGCACUUACACUUUUCAUGUGGCGAACCAAACGUGGGAGAAGGUCCACAACAAGAACCUUCCUUUUGUUGGCCAAGCUGUGCCCCUUGGCGGCAACCUUUUUGCCGCAUGUUCUGUAUCCAGCAAUGGCGUCCCUGCAUCUCACUCUGCCUUGGUGUUCCACAUGUCCAUCAAGAUCCCCUCGUCCACCUCCGUGGCAGCGGUGAGCACUCCCGCACUAUCAAUCCAAAAGUUCCUGGUGCCCGCAUCAGAGGGCAAGGUACCCCGACCGAUCUUAUGCCCCCUGGGAAGAGGCAGUUUUUGUUCCAUUAGGUUGGGGUCUUCUCGUCGAAGCAAAGCCAAGUUUACCUUGACUACCUUUCAGACCGAGAACAUUGAGGCAAUCUUGACUGCCUGUCAGUCCCAGGGCGCCGAGCUCAAGGAUCUAAAAGACACAGAAAACAUGGAGGAUGAUGGAGAGACAGUCGAGACAAGAGGAAGCCAAGCAACUGAUAGCUCUGUCUUCUACGCACCGGUAUUUCGUUACCGCGCGUAA